AUGAGGCUGUCACUGCAUUUAGCAGUGGUCAUCCUAGCGGUGUACCACACCUGCAAGGCAGAUCGACCGAAGCGGGCUAUUGAGUUUGGCUCGAACAGAAAUUAUGCGGUGCUAGGCUCACCGAUAUCGGCUCCUCUUGACGAGGACGGCUACUUCUACCCGAAGCCUAAGAUACCAUUCCCACCGCCGCCGCCGCCAACAAGACAGCCACCGCCAACAAGACCACCAGAAGUCAAGACAACUGGCUACAUAUACGAUCGACCUAGUAUUCCUUUUGAACUACCUACUACUCGGAGACCACCUCCUCCUAUAACCAGACCACCUCCUCCUCCUACAACAAGACCACCACCUCCUCCUACCACCAGGCCACCACCACCUCCUACUACUAGGCCACCCCCUCCUCCUACUACCAGGCCACCACCACCUCCUACUACUAGGCCACCACCUCCUCCUACAACCAGGCCACCACCACCUCCCACCCUACGAACAACUAGACCUCCUACAUUUAGCACAAUACUAGACAACUUUAGAACAACAGGGUACACAUAUCCAACCCCAAUUAUUCCAUUUACGUAUCCAACUACAACGAGAAGACCGCCCCCUCCACCAACAACAAGACCACCGCCACCUCCUCCACCACCAACAACAAGACCACCUCCUCCUCCACCACCGCCAACAACAAGACCACCGCCACCCCCAACGACAAGACCGCCACCGCCUCCUCCCCCAAGAACAACAAGACCUCCUACAUUUAGCACAAUUAUAGAUAAUUUUAGAACAACAGGGUACACAUAUCCAACCCCAGUAAUACCCUUUACUUAUCCAACUACUACUAGAAGACCUCCGCCUCCACCAUUGAAACCAUCAACUUAUUUACCACCCCCUCCACCACCGACAACAAGACGUCCUCCACCACCACCGCCUCCAACAACAAGACCUCCACCACCACCGCGAACAACCAGACCACCUCCCCCUCCACCACCACCAACAACAAGACCCCCACCUCCACCACCUACAACAAGACCUCCACCACCACCGACAACAAGAAGGCCAUCACCUCCUCCAACCCUACGAACAACCAGACCUCCCACAUUUAGCACAAUCAUAGAUAACUUUAGAACAACGGGAUACACAUAUCCAACUCCAAUUAUACCAUUUACAUAUCCAACUACAACGAGGAGACCACCCCCUCCACCAACAAAACCAGCAACAUACUUACCACCACCUCCACCAUCAACAAGACCACCGCCACCACCUCCGCCACCAACAACUAGACCACCUCCCCCACCACCACCGCCAACAACAAGACGAACGCCGCCACCACCGCCACCAACGACAACUAGAAGACCUCCACCACCGCCACCACCGACAACAAGAAGACCUCCAGUCACAAGACCACCACCCACUUACAGUACUAUAAUAGAUAAUUUUAGAACUACUGGUUAUACAUAUCCCACUCCAAUAGUUCCUUUUACAUACCCAACAACUACGAGGCGGCCACCACCUCCACCCACCACAACGAGGAGACCACCACCUCCCCCUCCCCCACGAACAACGAGACCUCCCACAUAUAGUACAUUUUUACCCGUCACAUAUCAAACCACAACAAGACGACCUCCGCCACCGCCACCACCACCAACAAGAAGACCAACCUAUUUACCACCACCACCACCAACUCCACCACCGACAAGACCUCCGCCACCACCACCGCCAACAACAAGACCACCUCCGCCGCCUCCACCACCAACAAGACCACCAACCUAUUUACCACCACCACCACCAACUCCACCACCGACAAGACCUCCGCCACCACCACCGCCAACAACAAGACCACCUCCACCGCCUCCACCACCAACACGACCACCUACCUAUUUACCGCCACCACCACCAACUCCACCGCCGACAAGGCCCCCGCCGCCACCACCACCGCCAACAACAAGACCACCUCCACCGCCUCCACCACCUACAACGAGACCACCUCCCCCACCACCCCCUCCACCUACAAGACCACCUACUUAUUUACCACCACCACCACCAACUCCACCCCCAACAAGACCACCCACACCGAAAACGACAGGCUACGAAUACCCUACACCAAAUAUACCAUUCAUUUUGCCUACUACUACUAGACGUCCUACACAACCCCCUAUCUACAUCCCUCCCCAAACAACUAGGCGACCUACACAACCCCCUAUCUACAUCCCUCCUCAAACAACUAGGCGACCUACACAACCCCCUAUCUACAUCCCUCCUCAAACAACUAGGCGACCUACACAACCCCCUGUCUAUAUCCCCCCUAAGACAACAAUCACUGUGUUUACGACUCGACCCCCUUUUAUUGAGGACAAGGGAUACUUUUACGAUAGACCGCUAGUUCCAUUUGUCUUCUAG